AUGGAUGUGGCGGUGGCCAAGGAGGCGGCGCUGGCCGCGUCUGCCGCGGCAUCGGCGGCAGAGAAGGAGGUGGCAGUGGCGGCCGUGACUGCUAAGGAGGCGGCGGCGGCCUCAGCUGCUGCGGUGACUGCUAAGGAGGCGGCGUUGGCCGCGUCUGCUGCGGCAUCGGCUGCUGCGAAGGAGGCGGAGGUGGUGGCUGUGACUGCGUCGGAGGCAGCGGCGACUGCGAAGGAGGCGGCGGUGGCAGCUUCGGCUGCUGCGUCAAAUGCGAAGGAGGCAGCGGCUGUGGCGGCGACUACAGGGGAGGUGGCGGCGGCCGCCGCCGCCACUGCGAUGGCGGCAAUGCAGGCUUCCAAGAAGCUUAAGUUCCACCUUAUCUGCGACCAAGAUUCACCGGGGAGUGGCAGCUGCGAUGAUGUUGAUGCGGGGAGUGUCGAUCUUAGUAAUGAUGUUGAUGGGGGGAGCGUCGAUCUCAGCGAUGAUGUUGAUGGGAGGAGCGUCGAUCCCAUAGAUGAUGUUGAUGUGGGGAUCGUCGAUCUCAUUGAUAAUGUUGAUGGGGGAAGCGUCGAUCUCAGCGAUGACGUUGACGAGGGGAGCGUUGAUCUCAUCAGCUAUUUUGAUUUGGGGAGUGCCGAUCACAUCAGCCGCCUCCCCGAUGCCGUCCUCGGCAGCAUCCUCUCUCUUCUCCCCAUCAAAGAAGGCGCCCGCACACAGAUCAUCUCCCGCCGGUGGCGUCCGCUCUGGCGUUCUGCUCCUCUGAACCUUGUAGUGGACUACAAGAACAUUAACUUGGUUCCAAAGAUCCUCUCUGAGCAUCGUGGCCCCGCACGCCGCUUCUCAAUCGAGGAUUGUUACGUCGAAGGCAGGCUUCGUUCUUAUACCCGGAGUAUCUAUGUAGAAGACUGUUAUGAUAAGAUCGAAGGCUGGCUUAGUUCCGCUGCCCUGGACAACCUAGAGGAGUUGGAGCUCACCCCCGAGUUCUCAUAUGGCUACCUGGGGGAGUUGUACCUGCUGCAAUCGUCCACAUACCGCUUCUCAUCCACGCUCCGCGUGGCCAAAUUCCACUGCUGCCAUUUCCCCAACUUAAUUGUGCAGCUGUCCCUGAAGUUUUCAUGCCUCAAGCAACUCACCCUGCGAAAGGUCACCAUCUCGGAGGACCCUCUCCACAGCUUGCUCUCUGGCUGCACUGCCUUUGAAAGCCUUGAGCUGAAGGAAAACAUGGGCACUGGUCGCCUCUGCAUCAUCUCCCAAACUCUUAAGAGUUUAGGCUUUUGCGCUGACUCAAGGGAUGGUGGUCUCUUUUUGCAAGAGUUAGUCAUCAAGGAUGCCCCAUGCCUUGAGAGAUUACUACCACUAAAUCCAAAGGGUGGCACAGCGAGCAUACGGAUAAUCUCGGCACCUAAACUGGAGAUGUUGGGUAUGCUGUCUGAAGACACAUAUGAAUUCCACCUUGGGAGCUCAGUUUUUCAGAAAAUGAUUGCUGUCAAUUUAACAACCAAAAUGCACACCAUGAGGGUUUUGGUUCUCAGCCCUUCCAGCCCUAAGCUGGACGCAGUGGUUAACCUCCUCAAGUGCUUCCCUUGCUUGGAGAGGUUGUAUGUCAUUGUGAGUAUAAAACAUAGUUGCUUGCUUUAAAUGUCACUAUAAGCAUUUGGUCGACGU